ACAUAGAUUUCGUAUAUUCCUGGUUAUCAAGUGCCUAUAUAAAAUUAAGUGCUGUGAUGAAAGAAAAGUUAUAAUAAAGAAGAUAUGUUUUAUAUCUAGUCAUACAACUACGUACCUAACCUAACUUCGUUUUUGUGUUAUGCUUUAAUAUCCCGGCAGUUUUUGACGAAAAUGUACGCUCGCUGCGGCAGUAGUGGAUCUAUUCAAAACAUACAUCAAACACCGUCAUCGUCAAAUCAUAACUCAGAGGAUGAGGACGAUAGUGGAGACAACAAGGCAGCAAUUAGCUUUAAGGAAAGAAGAAGGGAGGCUCACACACAGGCGGAACAAAAGAGAAGAGAUGCUAUAAAGAAAGGCUAUGAUUCUCUUCAGGAUUUAGUACCUACCUGCCAGCAGACUGAUUCUUCAGGUUACAAGCCUAGCAAAGCAGCUGUCCUUCAAAAAUCAACAGAAUACAUCCAAUACUUGCAACAACAGCGGCGGCGACAAGAGAACGAACGCAACGCUCUACGAAAAGACGUCGUGGCUCUCAGAAUCAUGCAGGCCAACUACGAACAGAUCGUGAAGGCACAGCAUUCCGUGCCUGGCCAUAAUGAACAGAGACUUACAGACCAGGAUAAGUUCCAAGUGUUCCAGGCAAUAAUGGAUAAACUAUUCGAAUCCUUCGAGGGAGUACAAACCAACAACUUUGCUGAUUUCUCGGCUGGUGUUUUCAAUUGGCUGGAGGAGUACUGCAAGCCGCAGUCGCUGCGAACCAUGGUGCAUAGUGUGUUAAGAGAACAGAGCUACACGCCUUAAUUAUAUAGUAUGUACUUCUUAAUGAUGCACUUGCCCUGGUAGGUAUCCAUUCUCUUCCUGCUAUUUAGGUCGGUUUAGUAAGCAGGAAGAACUUGUCAUUACGUUUUUCGAUUCCUUCAUACUUAAACAACCUCACAAUUCUCACAUAAUUAGAUUAAACUUAUUAAUCAAUCUGCGUCAAGUGCACGAUCGCCAUUAACGUCACAAAAUAAGAGGCGCCUUUUGACACUUGUCAUCGCAACGUAAAUAGAGAUGUGAACUAAACAUAUCGGUAACAAUAUGCAACUUUUUUUUAAUACCUAGUCACGGGACGAACAAAUCGUGCAGCUGGUGGUGAGCGACACGCCUAUCUAUAACAGUUGCAGUGCCACUC